AUGGGAACGUAUCUCUCCACUCCCAUCACGGAAAAGAACGCAGAAUCCGGAGAAUCGCUGGAUUGUCCGUCAACUCCCGUUGCCUGGGGCGUCGUCGAUAUGCAGGGAUGGCGCAAGACUAUGGAAGACUCACACGUCGCGCAAACCGACAUUGACGUGCCGGCACAUCACUUUGAAGCCUCGCACGAUCCGGCCCGGCACGUGGACGCCAAAGUCUUUGGAGUCUUUGACGGACACGGGGGCCCGGAAGUGGCGCGCUUUUGCCAAUUGUAUCUGAUCAACGUAUUGACGCAACAACCAACUUGGCAGUUCGAGUCCAAGACGAAUGCUGGCAACGGUCGUUUGACGUGUAAUCUUCCGGAUCACCCCAUUCACGCGGGUGCUACCGCCAUUAUAGCCGUCAUUGUUGGUCGCACAUUGACGGUAGCCAACGCGGGCGACUCGCGCGCUGUUUUGUGUCGUGGGGGUGAUACCAUUGCGAUGAGCUUUGAUCAUAAACCCUUCGAUAAUCGAGAGAUCAGCCGUAUCACAAUGGCCGGUGGGUUUGUCAACCAGUUUGGCCGUGUGAAUGGGAAUUUGAAUCUCUCACGUUCGAUUGGAGAUUUGAAAUACAAACAGGGACCGAUACCUCCGUCCGAGCAAAUGAUCACGGCCGAACCGGACAUUACACAAAUUCUUUUGGAGCCACGAGACGAAUUCGUUAUUCUCGGGUGCGACGGAAUCUGGGAUUGUUUGACCAACGAACAGGCCGUAGAGUACGUUCGGCAGCGUAUUGAAACAAAAACACCGGCCGAAAUAGGUACCGAAAUGCUGGAUGACAUCAUCAGUGUCGAUCCGCGCGUGACGCAGGGCAUUGGCGGGGACAACAUGACUAUCAUGGUAGUUGAUUUA